AUGAAAUAUUAUAUUAAUAAUUUAUUUUUAAUAUUGGUAUUAAUAAUAACAUUAUUAAUUGGAAUUAAUAAUGCAAUCAUAAGAACUGAAUAUAAUUUAGCAGUGGGGAUUCUAAAUAAUCAUGGAAAUAAUACCAUUCAACCCAUUUAUAGCGAUAAGGAAUUCGUUGGUAAAGAAAAUAUUUUGUGUGAUGGAAUUAGUUUUAAAUGUUUUGGAAGUUAUAUUACAGAAAUAAUUUUACACAGUAAUAUUGAUGAUAUAAAUCCAAUGCCCAAUGAGUUUGUUGGUUUUUUUAAUUUAACUUCAAUAACUUUGUAUGAUUUUAUGAUUGACAAUAGCUUUUUUAGUAAUGCUACAAAUUUUAUGAAUACUAACAAUUAUAAUCAAGAUUAUCAAGGUGUAACAUCAGUUAAAAUAAUAAAUCCAAGACCAAUUUUUGGAUCAAUAUCAACUCAAGUACAUUUACCAUCAGUUUUUAUUGGUUUUAAUACAACAUUGAACUAUGUACAAUAUUUAGAAGGUUUAACAAAUAUUGUAAACUUAAGUAAUGGGGGUGGUACUUCAUAUCCAAGAUCUUUAGAAUUAUUUUCAAAAAAUCUUCCAGAUUUUUCAGGAUUUACCAACAUCAAAAAAUUUAAAUUAGAUUUACAAAAUCAAUUUGAUGAAAAUUCAUUUGAUAGAUUUAGAAAUUAUACAGGUAUUGAGGAAAUUGAAAUAACAACUAGAGAUUUUAAUUCAAUGACAAAUCAAUAUUAUUUAUUUGAAGGUGAUAAUAUAAUGACAGUAAAAAAAUUGAAAUUAAAAAUUGGAAUUCAAAAAACUCCUCAAAGAUUGACAUUCAAAAAUUAUCCAGAUUUAACAGAUGUAGAAAUAAUAACAAGUAGAGAUUUUUCAAUCGUUUUAACUAAUUCAUUCCAAUUUAAAAAUGUAUCAUCUUUAGUUUCAAAUUUUAAACUUUCUGGUUCAAAUUUUACAAAUAUUGAAUCUGCUUUUUCAGUAUUAUCAAAGGUUGUGAACAUUAAUUUAUCAGAUAAUUUAAUUGGAGGUUUUUUACCAGAAAUUCAUAAUUUAAAUUUUACAAAAAAUUUAGAUAUAUCAAAUAAUAAUAUAGUUGGUACAAUUCCACAAUCAUAUUGUUCAAUUAGUAAUACUAAUUUUUCAAAUAAUGGUUUUACUGGUUUAAUCCCAAAUUGUUUUAUUUGUUUUAUGAAAAAUAAUUUAGAAAAUAAUUUUUUAGGAAAUUAUUUUACAAAUAAAGAUUCAGCAAAUAGUUAUUGUGGUGCAAUUGAACCAUCAUUGAGAAUGGGAACUGGUAAAAUUUAUAUGGAAGGUAGAAAUUUAGGUUUUAAUGGUAGCAAUAUAGUAACAAUACCAAAUUUACAAUGGGAAGUGGAAAUUCCAUCAACAAGAUUUAGUGCCAGUUAUACUUAUUCAACCAAUCAAUUGUUUUCCAUUUUUUUCCAAAAUCCAGGAGUAACAUUAUUCGCAAGAGUAAUUCAAAACAAUCCAACUGUUUCAAUGGUAACAGUUUAUCCAAAUUAUACAGUUAUUUUUGAUGGUUCUGAUUUCACAUAUGAUAAAACUUUAAUUUCCAUUAAUAUUUCAAAUUAUUAUUGUAAUAUUAUCUCUUCAACAUUUUAUAGAAUUGAAUGUGUCAUUAGUAAUGCAAUUGAAAUGACAAAUAGUAAUAGCGAAAUAAUUAUAGCUGAUAAUUCACUUGCAACUACCAAUCAACUUGGAACUACAACUACUACUGCUGUCGAUGAUUCUUUGGUUUUGGGUUUAAAUAUGAAAACAUAUUUAACCGUUAGGAACUUGGCUGGUUGGCAAACAUUGGGUGUACAUCUAACAGUUGAUUAUGAUCCUAAUUUACAAAAUGGUACUCAAAUUAAAAUUUUUCAAUGUCUAAACGGUUGCAGUAAUCAUGGAUUAUGUAUUUCAAGAACUGGAUCUUGUGAUUGUUAUGAAGGAUAUGGAGGUAUUGAUUGUUCAUCUAUAGUCGUUUCAUUAAUUUGUCCAUCUAAUGAUUCUAGUCUUAUUUGUAGUGGAUUUGGUAUAUGUGAUAAAAAGACAGGUGUAUGUGCAUGUGGUACUGGUAGAACAGGUAAUGAUUGUAGUGAAACUGCAUGUCCAAUAUCAGAUUGUAGUGAUCAUGGUUAUUGUGAUACUAGUAUUGGUAAAUGUAAUUGUGAUUCUUCUCAUCAAGGAGCUGGUUGUGAAAUGGAUUUAGUUUCAUGUCCAACUUCAAAUAAAGCAAUUUGUAGUGGAUGGGGCACAUGUAAUAAUCAAACUGGUAUUUGUACUUGUGAUGCUAAUAGAGUAGGUAGUGAUUGUAGUGGUAUUUCAUGUCCAGUACCAAACUGUAAUGGAAAUGGUAAUUGUGAUACCACUGUAGGUCAAUGUAGUUGUGAUCCAUCUCAUCAGGGAGCUAAUUGUGAAAUGAAUUUUGUUUCAUGUCCAACGCCAAAUAGGUCAGUUUGUAGUGGAUGGGGUACAUGUAAUAAUCAAACUGGUAUUUGUACUUGUGAUGCUAAUAGAGUAGGUAGUGAUUGUAGUGGUAUUGCAUGUCCAGUAUCGGAUUGCAGUGGACAUGGCUAUUGUGAUACCACUAUAGGUCAAUGUAAUUGUGAUUCUUCUCAUCAAGGAGCUGGUUGUGAAAUGGAUUUAAUUUUAUGUCCAACUUCAAACAAAGCAACUUGUAGUGGGUGGGGUACAUGUAACUAUCAAACUGGUAUUUGUACUUGUGAUGCUAAUAGAGUAGGUAGUGAUUGUAGUGGUAUUUCAUGUCCAGUAUCAGAUUGCAGUGGACAUGGCUAUUGUGAUACCACUGUAGGUCAAUGUAAUUGUGAUUCUUCUCACCAAGGAGCUGGUUGUGAAAUGGAUUUAGUUUCAUGUCCAACUUCAAACAAAGCAAUUUGUAGUGGAUGGGGCACAUGUAAUAAUCAAACUGGUAGUUGUACCUGCGAUAUUGGUAGAGUUGGCGCUGAUUGUAGUGGUAUUAGAUGUCAGUCAGACUGUAAUGGUCAUGGUAUUUGUGAUACUACCAUAGGAAAAUGUAAUUGUGAUUCAUCUCAUCAAGGUGAAAGUUGUGAAUUAAAUUUAAUUACUUGUCCAUCAAAAAAUAAUAUCGAAUGUAGUGGUUUAGGUUCAUGUAAUAAUCAAACUGGUAUUUGUUCAUGUAAUGAUGGUACGACCUAUUCAGAUUGUAGUGGUAUUUUAUGUUCAGUAAAUUGUUUAAAUAAUGGUGUUUGUAAUUAUGACAUUGGUAAAUGUAAAUGUACUCCCAAUUGGAAAUCUGAUAAUUGUACAACACCAAUUCAUUAUUUAAGUUCAAUUGAUCCAUGUACAACAAGUGGUGGUCAAGUUACAAUUUAUGGUUGGUUUAGUAAUCAACAUAUUAAUUUAACAGUAACAAUUGGAGGAGUUGAAUGUGUUGAUCCAAUAGAAACUGAAAAUACAAUUAUUUGUGAAUUACCAGCAGGCUCAGGUACAAAAGAUGUAAACAUAACACAAAAUGGUAGUAGUUUUAUUGGUAAAAAUAAAUUCCAAUAUAUUAGUACAGUAUUUAAAUGUCCAAAAGAUUGUUCAAAUCAUGGUAAAUGUGAUACAUCAAUUGGUGUUUGUACUUGUAGUUCUGAUUAUUCUGGUUUUGAUUGUUCAUCACUUAAACCACCUACAACAUCAUCUUCAUCAACAACUUCAACCACAAUUGGAGGAGAAACAAAGAAUCAAGAAAUUCCAGUAUCAAAAACAGAAGUCAAUGUGGAAACUGGGGCAGCAUCAAUUAGUAAUCAAGAUGUAAAUUAUGAAAUUUCAAUAAUUUCAAUUGUUGAAUUAGAUUAUAAUGGUGAGGUUGUUAAAACCAAUGAUUUAAAAAAGAAAUGGGAUAUUACCAUUGAUCCAUCCACCAAAUAUAUUUAUCAAUUUUCACAACAAAUUGAUCAAUUUUCAAAUAUAACCUUAAUAAUUGAAGAAAUUGUUAAUUCAUCUAAAAAAUAUACAUUUGCAGGUAUGAAUUUAGAAAUUGAUCAAGGUGGUUUAAAAAUUUCAGUUUCAAUUAAAAAUUAUCAAUAUGAAAGUGCCCUAAAUACAUUACAAUUAAGAUUUUUAUCAUCUGCAGGUGAAACAUCAAAUCUUGAUAGUGAAGAAGAUAACUCUUGUAAUCAACAUGAAUCUGAAUCUGAUACCUCAAAUAUUGAUCCAAAUUUAACAUUAAAUUACAUUUCAAUUUCAAAGAAUUCAAAAAUUUUAAGUGGUAGAUUCAUUAAUAAAGUUGUAUCUGAUGGAAGAUCAACUUUUAUGUCUAGUGAAAUUGUUAAAGAUUUAUCUUCAUCUUCUACAAUUGUUGUUGGUUUAAAUUUACCACAUUGUUCAAAUGAAUGUUUUAUUGAUCCAGAUUUCUCUGUUUUAGUAUCUCCAAACUUUGAAUCAUCUUGUGGUAAUUCAGAAACAAAAAAAAAUUGGGUAAUUCCAGUUGCUGUUGUUGUACCAGUUGUUUGUGUUUCACUUCUCACAUUAGGUGCUAUUUUAAUUUAUAGAAAACAUAGAUAUUCCAUUAGAUUAUUUACAAUGAAAAAAUCAUUCUCUGUAAAACAACGUUUUAAACUUAGAAGUUUUAAAUAA